AAGAAUUUAUAUCAUUUUGGGAGGAGGUGACGUGACCGCCAUUGUUUCGAUUCUUUUCUUUUACAUCUUGGAACGUGGCCUUAAUAAUUUACGUUUUUUAAGGAAAUUAUAUUCAAUAUUUCUAAUUACAGAAAGAACUUUAAAGGAAUCUUAGGACCCCUUUGAGAUUGCUGCAUUUUUGUAAUAGUAUGUCAACAAUGAACCCAGAAUACGAUUAUUUGUUCAAACUCCUUUUAAUUGGAGAUUCUGGAGUUGGAAAAUCAUGUCUUCUCUUGCGAUUCGCAGACGACACUUACACCGAGAGUUACAUAAGUACUAUUGGGGUGGAUUUUAAAAUUCGGACAAUUGAACUCGAUGGUAAAACGAUAAAAUUACAAAUUUGGGAUACAGCGGGACAGGAGCGAUUUAGGACAAUAACUAGUUCUUACUAUCGAGGUGCGCACGGUAUAAUUGUUGUAUAUGAUUGCACGGAUCAAGAAACAUUCAAUAACGUUAAACAGUGGCUCGAAGAAAUUGAACGUUAUGCCUGUGAUAAUGUAAACAAGCUCUUGGUCGGCAACAAAUGCGAUUUGCAUACCAAAAAAGUUAUUGAAUUUUCAACAGCGAAGGAAUACGCAGAACAGCUUGAAAUUCCAUUUCUAGAAACAUCAGCAAAAAAUGCAAUGAAUGUGGAGCAAGCUUUCAUGACAAUGGCAGCAGAGAUUAAACAGCGAGUUGGUCCACCUUCAAGCGCUGUCAGCGACACGGCGAGCAAACUUAAACUUGAUCAAGGCCGUUCUGUUGAAACAUCUGGAAUCCAAGGCUCGAAAUCUGGAUGCUGCUGAAACGCAAAUUUAUGUAUUAUGAUAGGAGGUAACAUCGUGAAACAGCAACGUUUUUGUAUGAAAAUAUGCGUUUGAGAAGCGUUAGGUUACACUAAAAUCGACUUAAAAUGUCCGAUGCCGAAAAACACAAAACAUCAAUAAGGACCAUCAGUUUAUUAGUUGUACACAUUUUUUGUCCUUUCGAAAAUUUUUUGUAGUGGAGGAAGAAUGUAACUAUUAUUAUUACUAUUAUUAUUAUUAUUAUUAUUAUUAUUAUUAUUAUAUCGCGACUUGAUAUAGUACUGCUAUCCGGUCAUUUUCUAAAUUAGAAGCUGGCCAGUUAUGAGUGUGCGUUUAGGGACAAUUGUAGUUUAAUGAAUAAUUGAAGUUGUGUAUAAUUGUCAUGCGCGAGGUAACAGCAUCUCAAUUUCUUAGAAUAGGGAGGAAGUUAUGUAAUUAAAAAUAUUUCGGUCCUAUUCGCUGUGAGGCUCACACAUGCGCACUUUUAUUUUAUACUAAUUAUUAUUAUUUGAGAAAUAUUCUUGUUAUGUGGUUUAUAAUUCUACAUGAGAUUCAUUGAUUUCUAGAUUAUUUUUUUAAGAUUUGAUUCAUCAUUCAUUGUGAAUGAUUUCUUUACUGUAGUGAUUGUGUAGUGUGAACCUCAAGGCACUUGCAAUAUUAAGCUAUUUAAGAAAUUGAAAAUCCUUGUAUGAAUUAAUCAUUAAUUAAGAAUGUAUCAGAAAAUUUUUUCUCAACAUUUUUUUUUUCAAUUUAUUGGAUAUAAAAUUUAAUUUUUAAAAAAUUUUCUUAAACAAUGUUUUCUAAGCUCCUAAUUUUAUAAUCGAGUUAAAUUAUUUUUUAAAAAAUGUUUUAAAUUACUACGGUUUACCUAUAUCGGUGUUUCAUCUUAUUGAAGUUGGAACUAAGAAUAUUUUCAAAAUUUGUAAAUAUAAUUUUUCUUGUUUUGAAAAACAUACGAUCAGAAACAUUAAUUGUUUUUUAAUAAAAAUAAUUAUUUAACUUUCUGUAAUUAAACAAUUGUAAAGAGAUAAUAAUUUGGUGAGAAAUUUUUUAUAUCACUAUAAACAUAAAUACCUUUGGAAUGGUAACCUACUGUAUUUAUCAUUAUUUUUUAAAUAAUAAUUCUUCUUAACUUCACAUUAAUUUUUCAUGACAUAUUUGAAAUAUUUUUUAUUGUAAACUCUUAUUAAUAGUUUUUCUUUUUUUAAUUUGUGAAUGGGACAUAUAAAACUAGUUUGCAGUGGAUUUUUUAUGACGUGCCCUCUAUGUAUGUUAAACUGCGAUCUCUUGUAGAAGACAGUAUACUUUCUUGUAUUACAGUAUGGUAAUAUAUUACACAUCAAUAAAGUUAAUAAAGCAAGUGAACAAUUGAA